GAAGUAGUAUUAGUUUGUUACGCACGCAGCUUGAGGUUCACGAAUAUCGAGUCUUUUGCAUUACGACGGUUUCCAUAUUUGAUCUUUUAUAACACUGCUCUUGAAAUGGCAGUCGGGAAAAAUAAGGGUCUUUCCAAAGGAGGCAAAAAAGGAGUUAAAAAGAAGAUUGUUGACCCGUUCACCCGGAAAGAUUGGUACGAUGUCAAAGCACCGUCCAUGUUCACGACACGCCAGGUUGGAAAAACCUUGGUCAACAGAACUCAGGGCACAAAAAUCGCUUCUGAAGGAUUGAAGUCUCGUGUCUUCGAAGUUUCACUUGCGGAUUUGCAAAAUGAUCAAGACGCGGAACGCUCUUUCCGUAAAUUCAGAUUAAUUGCGGAAGAUGUCCAAGGAAGAAGUGUUCUCACGAACUUCCACGGCAUGGACUUGACAACCGACAAACUCCGAUCCAUGGUAAAGAAAUGGCAAACAUUGAUUGAAGCCAACGUCGACGUAAAAACAACUGACGGUUACCUCUUAAGAGUAUUCUGCAUUGGUUUCACCAACAAAGAUCAACUCAGCCAGAGAAAAACUUGUUACGCCCAGCACGCUCAGGUCAGGAACAUCAGACGUAAAAUGGUAUCAACAAUCACAGAUGACAUUACCAAAAGUGAUCUGAAGGGUGUUGUCAGCAAAUUGCUCCCCGAUGCCAUUGCUAAGGAUAUUGAAAAAGCAUGCCAGGGAAUCUACCCACUCCAUGACGUUUACAUUCGUAAAGUCAAGGUUUUAAAGAAGCCAAGAUUUGAGCUCAGCAAAUUACUUGAGUUACACGGUGAUGGAGGCAGCAAGACCAGCGAACCUGGCGAAGUUGGAUCAAAGGUCGACAGACCCGAAGGCUACGAACCACCAGUUCAAGAAUCAGUUUAA